ACAAAGACAAUCUCGUGAGAGAUCUGAUACAAUAAAAAUAUAACAGGGUCUUUCGUGUGAUGAUGAAAGGGAGCCCCGGCACAGGACGGACGCUUGCCAUCGAACUUCUAGCAGAACAUCUCAGCUGUCCAAUGCUCAUUAUCAAUGUCGAUGACAUUGACAACAAUGACAGAGGCGAUACUUCACAUAUUCUAUUUGACUUAGCCCUGCGUUGGCAGGCUUUUAUCAUUGUGCAAGACACAGCGCCGAUCAUUGAUAUGACAACAGACCAGUCGGCAUCGAAGGCAGUCGCCCUCACUCGAGUCUUAGAGUGGUCACAAGGUAACUCAAAGGAUGAAAUUGACCCCCAAUUCUCCAAUUACAUUGAUCUGAUAGUUACUACACAAUUUGGCCUCACUGAUGUGCAGAGUACGAGUAUUUGGAAAAUGUUCCUAAAUCAGCUACGACCAGAGGCUGUGCUUGACAUAACAGCAAUUUACACUGCUAUCGAAGAUGUGUUUACGAUAUAUCCACUCAAUGGAUCACAAAUCAGGAAAGUUGUCCGCACGCAGCGUGUCAAAUGAUUUAGUUUGAUUUGAUUAUAGCCUCUGAAUCAAAUCAAAUCAAGUCAAAAUUUGCUGAAUCAAAUCAUAAUCAACUAUAAUUAACUAUAGUUAAUUAUAAUUAAUUACCCUUGAUUUUUUUUUGACACACUGUCCGCACGGCACUCGAAACAUCCAGCUCGGAGCAUAGGAAAUUGACUGAACA